UCUCAGUCUUUUUUUUCUCCUGAUCUUUCUUUCUUUCCUGAGUUGCUCAGUCUUCCUUUCCUUUGUGUUUUCCAUUCGUUCGCUUGUACAAUGUUCCAACAGGCCUUCCUCGCAUUCGUCGAGCGGUUGGCGCAACGCCACAUUACUGAGAAUCUCAAGAACUCGCCGACAUUCCAUCGAUUCGUGCAAGCAACCCACGACAAAGCAGACGAGCUUCUGCAAUCGCGAGGCGCAAGUCUCGUGGACGACCUCAAGAAAUCCGGCGAACGGCUGGGCAGCGGACUCGACAAUGUCUCCACGCGGGUACGGUCGUCCGUCACCCAGUUCCAGCGCGACUUUGAAGAAGAGUACAACCGCCAAAAGGAGGCUGAUGCACAACGCCGACGACGAUGAGAGGACCGAUGGUCGACUGAAUCCGGCUUCUUGUUUUUCGUAUUUCGAGUCUGAGCGUGAAUGACAUGUAUUGGCUAAUGUAUUAUUACUAAGAUGGUUGUGAUC